CCCUUUCAAUCGAAAGCUGUAAAAUUAUUUUAUAAAACAUGUUUAUUCAUAAGGAACUAUUACUUGUCGUCACCGCCGGAAGUACUUUCUGACAAUUGUUUUUACUGCAAGUUGUUUUGGAGUUCUUGUAAAAACAUUUAACAAUGUCUGAGAGAAAGGUUUUAAACAAAUACUAUCCACCGGAUUUCGAUCCCUCAAAGAUCCCCAAGUUACGGUUGCCCAGAAAUAGGCAAUACAGCAUUCGUAUUAUGGCUCCAUUUAAUAUGAGAUGUAAUACUUGUGGUGAAUAUGUUUACAAGGGAAAGAAAUUUAAUUCUCGUAAAGAAACUGUAGAAAAUGAAGACUAUUUGGGUUUAAAGAUUUUCCGAUUCUACAUCAAAUGUCCACGUUGCGUUUCUGAGAUUGCUUUCAAGACUGACUUGAAAAACACUGAUUACACCUUGGAAGCUGGAGCUACAAGAAAUUUUGAAGCUGCCAAAUUGGCAGAACAAAUGGAGGAACGGUCUCGUAAAGAGAAAGAAGAGGAGGAAAUGAAUAACCCAAUGAAGGUACUGGAAAACAGAACGAAAGCCAGUCGACAAGAAAUGGAGCAAAUUGAUGCUUUAGAAGAAUUGAGAGACUUGAAUAACCGACAUGCCACUGUUGACCAUGAAACCAUGUUGAAGUUGCAUGCUGCUUAUGAAGAACAAUUAGCUAAACUACAAGAUGAAGAGGAUGAAAACCUUGUAAAAUCAAUUUUCAAUAAUCACAAUAGUGAUUAUAUUAAACGGCUAGAAGAUGAAGAUGAAGAUGAAGGUGAAGUUCCUAAUGUAGAACCUUCAUCUUCCAACAAGGCACAUUUUGGGGAAUUACUCACUGAACAUAUUAAGGAUGAUGCUGUUGUACAGAAGAAACGCGUUUGGAAUCAGAGUGUAGGUUUACUCUCUUCAAAGUCUCUGUCUUCCCUGGUUAAGAAGAAAAAGGGUUCUGAAACUGUUACAGAUGAGAGCAGUGAGACAUGCAAAAAGAAUUCAACUGAUACAAAAUGUAAAACAGAAACUAACGCAAAAAGUAAAUCAUGUGACAAGACAGAUGAGCCAACAAAUGACAAUUCCACAAAGACUUCAAAAGUCCAAAAGAAUGGAACUGCACCAGUAUCAUCAGCUCUUAGUUUGCUUGGAAACUAUUCUGAUUCUGACAGUGAUAGUUAAAGAGAAAAAGAAAGAAAAGAAAUUUUCUUUAUAAAGUAUAAAAUAUGUUUGUUAUUAUUAAUGCAGGAGUGUUAUCAGACAUGGUAGUGUGUCAAACUAAAAAUUCAUUAUAAUUUUGUCCCUAGGUUCUGGGUUUAGAUCUUACAAGGAUGAACUUUGCUUUUCAACCCUCUCAGGUUGAUGAUGUAAGUACUAGUAAUAUGAUGGGGGAGAUUCAAUUGGCUACAAAAGAAAUCCUCCUAUGAUUUUAAUGUUGACGCAUCAGAGAAUGAAAGAACAGCUUGUGCUACAUUCUUGACAAUGAUAGCACCCAUCACUUACAAGAGAUCUUCUUUUUGUAUCAGUUCACUUUAUGUCACUAAAAUUCUUAUCAAAAGAAUGUGAUUGUGUUGUCACACAAUGUUUUUUCUCUAUAUCAGAAGUCAAUUUAUUAAUUUUUAUGUUAAAUGUUCAAAUAUUUUAUUCUAAAACCAGUGUUUUUUUUUCUUUUUUCAAUAUGAUUAUUGAAAUAUC